AUGGUUGAAGAGCUUCAAACGACGAUAUCUGAGGAUUUCGGUUUUAAGCAAAUUGCAAAGCCCAUAUCCAUUUUACCAAACUAUAAAGAUGAACAAUUGCCAUAUACAUCAAUUCACAAUUUAGAUAUUCUUAAUUACCCUUCAACUUCGACUCCAUUAUUUAUUGCUGCCACUUCUACUAAAGUUAUUAUCGGUGACUUGCAAAGUUUAAGGAACUUUGCUGUAUCAGAAACGGAAGAAAGCAAUUUUGAUAUUAAAUGGGAAAAAAAUGUAGAUAAUACUAUUCUGACAAAGUUUUUACCAAGUGAAAAUUUAGCUAUUAUAAUUAAUCAAUCAUUCGAUGAAAUAUAUCAAGUUGAUCUGACUAAUUUUACUGAAACAAAAUUGUCCUUUAAAUUCAGCGAUUCAAUUAGGCAAUCAAUGGUUUACGGUACAGAUUUAAUUAUUUUAUCCAAUAAUGGUUCGCUGUCGAUUGUAAAAAUAUUAGAAAAUAAUGCGUCUCCAGUCAUGUUAAAAAGUAAUACAGUAUCAUUUGAUAUCCUCAAUGAUUCAAUUUUCUGUUUUAAAGAUAAUCAUUCUGUUGAGGUUUAUUUCAUGCCAACAUUCAUCGCAAAGAGUCAGAGUGAAACACCCAAUCUAACAAUCACCCCCCCAGAUGAUCUUUUACAAGAGUUUGAUGAUCAAUAUUUACCAUAUUUGAUAAACGCAUUAGACAAAUCCACAUUUAUAUUGAUUUGGGGUGAACCUAUUAAUUUAGAAGACGUGAAUUAUGAUUUUAAAUCUUAUCUUGUUACUGCUUCAAAUGGCCAAUUUCAAUUUAAAGAAUCUUUUGAUAUAACCCCAGCUUUUGGGCAAGUGUUAAGAUAUCCAACUCUUUAUAAAAUCCCUUUAACAAACCUCUUACCAGAACCUGUUCAAUCAAUCAACCUAAUUGCAUCUUCAACUUCUUCAGAAAUCACAAUCAUUGAUAAGAAUGAAGUCUUUCAACCAGCUCAAGAUAGUGAACGAUUAUCUUUGCCUUUAAAUGAACAAACCGAUAAUGAUACAAAUCCAAUUGGGAUGUCCCUAGACAUUGCCACUACAGGAUCCAUUGAUCAACCUUGCCCUGGUGUGGAUACUGUUUCUCAAUUACCUUUAAUAUAUAUCUUAAACAAUGAAGGUCAAAUUCAAAUUAAUGCUCUUUAUAACGUCGCGCAUUUAAAAAGCAACACUUUUAAUAUUAAUGCAUUGGAAACUUUGAUAAAAAAUUCAUACAAGGAAAAUAAGGGUAAUGAUAUUCAGUUAGCCAAAUUAUCUUUGGACAAUAAUUCAGUCCAGAAUAACUCAAAAUCUGACGAUACUACAUCAGAAUCAUCAUUAAACAAGCCAGCCACUACAGACUCUCCUUUUGGCAAGCCUUUAUUUGGAUCUACAUCCACAGACUCGCCAUUCGGAAAACCUGCCCUUGGAACUACCUCCACAUACUCACCAUUUGGAAAGCCUGCAUUUGGAACUACCUCCACAGAAUCACCAUUUGGGAAACCAGCAUUUGGGUCAUCAACUACAGACUCGCCAUUUGGAAAGCCUUCAUUUGGAACUACCUCUACAUUUGGAAAGCCUUCAUUUGGAACCACUUCUACAGAUUCACCAUUUGGUAAACCUGCCUUUGGAACCACUUCUACAGAUUCACCAUUUGGUAAACCUGCCUUUGGAACUUCUUCGGCAGACUCGCCUUUCAGUAAGUUAUCUUCUAAUCAAUCACAAUCAAACGAACCUAAUUUUGGUGAUUCUAUAACGACAGAGAAAUCAGCAAAUCCUGCUUUUAGUCAACACACUUUUGGUAAGUCUAAUUUUGGCCAAACGCCUUAUAAUACGGUUAAUUCAGAAAUAUCAGGAUCAUUUGGCUCCAAACCAUUUAGUUCUUCCUUUGGUGCCUUUAGCUCAAAUAAUAACUCUAAUAGUUCCUCCCCAUUUGCAAAUUUGGGUAAAGAGAAAAUAACAACGAGUGAUGAAGAACAGAAGCCAAAAUCCUUUUCUGAUUUUCCAAAGUUUGAUUCUUCAAAUAUAAGUGCUUUUGGCAAACCUGUAUUCGGAGAGCCCAGUACUAGCAAUAUUGAAUCUCCAUUUAAGCAUCUGCUACAGAAGGAGCAAGAAAAAGACAAUACUUCCACAAGUGAUGAUUUCAAAGAUUCUACAGUCGAAAAUACAGUCGAACCAGAAGAACCCCCCCAAAAGGAUGAUAUAGAUGAAGAUAAAACUACAAAUGAAAAUAGUAAGGAUUCGACACAAAUAAAAGAUGAAUCAGCCACAGCAAAUAAUACUGUCUCUGUAUCUGAAUCAUUGAUUAAAGGAGAAACUGAUGAUGCAACACAAACUAACGAUAUACUUUCUUUCACCGAAAGAUUAAAAAAAUCAACAAACUUUUCUGGAUUAGAUAAUGAUUCUUUAAAACAGUCAUUUACUACUCUAUCCAGUAAAGGAACCUCAGCCUCUCCAUUUGCUAGUUUCCAAAAUAAUUUCUCAAAAUCUCCUAAUGCUUCUAAAUUUUCUUUUAAUAAACCAACCUCAUCAAUCACUUCUACAGACGGUUCUGCUGAGAGCACAAUUCUUAAUACAAAUUCAAAGGAAGAUCUGAAAGAAGGUCAAGUAAGUGAAAAAAAUCUAUUUUCAAAGCAACCCUUGAACACAGCAAUGGAACAUGAAAAAAAUAGUACAAUACACCAAGAAAAGGAAGAUCAUCAAGAACAAAAGGAUGAAAAUGCCCAAGAACAAAAUAUUAAAGCGGAUAUACAGACAGAAAAUAAAGAUUUUCCACAACAAGAAAAUAAUAAUUUAUUACAAAAAAGUAAUGAGGAUAUACAGCAAGAAACUGAGGAGGUUCUAAAGAAAGAAAAUGAAGUUAAUAUUCAAAAAGAAGAUCUAACUGAUUUACAAAAGGAAGACAUAGCUGCUUUGAAAAAAGAAACUGAUGCCGAUCCUCAGAAAGAAUCUAAAAAUCUUCUACAAGAUCGAUCAGAAGAAAUUGGCUCCAAUAAUAAUAUUGAUAACUGUAAUAAUGAUGUUAUAGAAGAAAAAUCAUCAGAUACUGAAAAUGAAGAUGAAUCUGAAAAAGAAGUAGAUGAGGGGGAUUUCCCAUUUCCAAACGUUGCAGAAGUACAACCUUUACCAACCGAUAAUAUUGAUGAAGAUGUUGAACAAACUGAUGGAUCUCUACCAACAUCAUUUGAAGUCAUCAGUUCUAAUACCAAUACUAAUGAUACAACACCGACUGAAGCUUCUGAUGAAGAAAAUGGAAGAGAAAUAAUGAGUCAAGGAACUCAGACGAUUAGUUUGGUUGAUACUGUAGAAUUUUCUAUGCAAACAGAUCCAAUACAACUAGUUUCGAAUGGUACACAAGUACCCCAUGCCCCUACUUCUGAUUUUGGUAUGCAAACUGCCCCAGUUGAAGUAUGUGACUUCGAACUUCAAGCAUUUGAAAAAGAAGAAUCUUACUUGGCUGACUAUUAUAAACCUAUCAAAUUAAAAAGUUAUUACCCUUGUGCAGAUGUCUCUAAUAUGAAAUUUAAUUCGACUGACCCAAUAAUGCAAAGAAUAGAAGCCACUUACUAUAAUAUUGAAGGUGAAUUAUUAGUAAUGCAAGAAAAUUCGGAUAAUUUAGGUAAAUACAUUAAGGACCAAUCCACUAUUGAAAUCCAUAAUCGUUCUUUGAAUACUAUCAAUAAUAUUUAUACUUGGAGAAUACCUGAAAUUAGUACUCUUAUGGAUCUUUUGAAAAAACAUGGUGAAAGUAUGGAGGGAAUAUACCAAAAACUGAAUUCCAUGCUCGAAGAUGUUGAAGAGUCAGAAAAAUCUAUAUCAAUAUUAUCUAAAUUUUAUUCUGAAUUCUCCAAGGCUAAGAAAGAUAUCAAGAAACUUCAAAUGAUAAAAGAUAAAUCUUUGGAAAGAUUACGUGACUUAGAUUGUCAUCAAUGGUUGAAACAAAUCAGUUUACGUAAUAAAUUGGAACAAGCUACUAAGAAAAUCAAUGAAAUUGAAGAAUUAUUAAACAUCUUGAAGCUAUACACUAUCAAAGCGGGAAGGUUGAAUGAAAAUCCAUACGUUAUAAAAUUAGCUCAAGAAUCUGCAACUCAUAAAGAUUUGUUGCUUUCGAUAAAUACUCUAUCGGAUCAAGUUCGUCAAUUGCUGGGUGACAGUAAAGCUAUAAAACCUGUUGAAAAUAUACCUAAAUUAGAAAGUAGUAUGAAAUCUUUGGAUAUUGCCCAAUUAGGUAUGUCGAUUAAUACAAAGAGAGAAAUUGGUUUAUUUUUCAAGAAUAUGGAAAUACAAGAAACUACUGCUUAG